AAAAGUAUUUCCUAAUAAUCAAAAGUACUACGCUCGUCACGAAGCGGUGCUGAUAGCAGCUGCGAGCGUCAGUUCACUUAAAGUAUAGCACCGAAGUUUCUGUUCUGAGGUAGUAGUAGUAAUUAGCAACGCAACGCUGGCAAGCCCAAGACGUCGAAGAUGUCGACUAAUUGGCGUGAAUUGUUCCCCACUCGACUUACAUUCAUCAUAUUUCUGCUGUAUAUGUCACUGUUCAUAGGACAGGGCAUCUUUGUCACAGCAUCCCAGGAGUCUAACAACUCGUACGGCUAUAACACUGUAACCGUUGUACUGCUCACGGAAGUGUUCAAGUUAAUAGUUUCCACAUGCCUGUAUUGCAGAGACAACAAUCUGCGGUCUCUGGUGCGCGAUGUGCACAAAGACAGGAAUGUGCUGGCCUUGUACAUGGUGCCCGCAUUCCUAUACUGCCUCUACAACAAUCUCGCGUUCGUCAAUCUAGCCACAUUCGAUCCCACAACGUAUUAUCUACUACUCCAACUGCGCGUUGUCGUAACGGGCAUUCUAUUUCAAAUCAUAUUCAAGAAGUAUUUAUCUCAACGCCAAUGGAUAUCGCUGAUACUGCUCACCCUCGGCUGCAUGCUCAAGCAGGUCGAUUUUAGUGGCUUUUACAGCGAUGCCAACGACGACAGCGAGUCUGCUGCCAUACAGGCCAUACCGUCCAAUAGCAACCACAGCCUCACCGUUGACCAUAACCAAGUGCGUGGCAAAAAUAUGUCUGGCUUUGAUUUUAGCCUAAGUGCUGUGUUCAUACUGGCCCAGACCAUAUUCUCAUGUCUUGCGGGGGUCUACAACGAAUACCUACUAAAGGACAAAGGUGCAGAUGUCAACAUUUUCGUCCAGAAUGUGUUUAUGUACCUUGACUCGAUUGUUUGCAAUGCGGGUAUCCUUCUCCUGCGCGGCGAGUUGAUGGACGCCUUCAGCCCACACAACUUGGGUACCAUUAUGCGCUUCGGUGUUAUCAUCAUCAUUGUGAACAAUGCAGCCAUUGGCAUUGUGACAAGCUUCUUCUUGAAGUACAUGAACUCUAUUCUGAAGACUUUUGCAAGCGCCCUGGAACUGCUUUUCACAGCUGUGCUGUGCUACUUUCUGUUCUCCAUACCCAUCUACAUGAACACCGCACUGGCCAUAGCGGUUGUCUCCUAUGCCAUCUAUUUGUAUACCCAAAGUCCGGUUGUAAAUCUGGGCAAGGUUCGUCCAUUGUCAAGUCUGAGCGAGGCAUCCUCCAAAUCUACAGCCUAUGACAAACGAAAGCUUCUCGACGAGGAGGGUGACACCGAUCUGGAAAUGGACAUGGUGUAGUGCUAAUUGCUAGUCCUAGACAUAGACUCAAAUUGUAAAUAUCGUCAUCUAACUAUACUUCUUGUGGAAAAGUGCCUAUAACUCUUUUGAAAAGACGCGAGCAUGCAUUUGACUCUAGGCUUCGUGCAAUCGACGCAGAUUCAAUCAUCGACGGACAGACAAAUGUCUUGUAAAUACCAAAGCAUUUGCUUUAUUGAGUUAGGUUCAUAAUAAACAUAUAUUUUUUAAAUCGUAA